UAUGAGAUUGGAGGGCUGUCCCGGAUUAUGGAGUGGAUCACAUUCAAAAUGUAUUCUUCCACACUCCUUCCAUUCUCCCGAGGUUCUUGAUAAAUUUGUCUUCAUCUCAAACUUCAAUAGCCACUCAUUUUUCCAAAUACGAUACCUUCUCUUCCCCUUGCUUCGCUUCGCAGCUGCCUCCCGAUUCUCUCAGCGCCUGGUAUCCGACCAAAACUACCCGACAUAUCCAGUCUCCAAAUCUGCCCUCAGAAAAUCCCUCAUCCCUUUCUUCCAAAAUGCAAACUAUAAGGUCCUCCGACCUUUCUUCUCUACCAGGACCAGCCUUUUCCAUACCCAGUUUUUACAUCAUAUCAGGAUUCAAAUCACUUUUCCCAAGAAACUUUUCUUCUGCCGCGCAAAGUUUGCUGAAUCGGGUAAUGCUGGGUCGCACAACUUAAGAGUGGCGCCUGGAUAUUGGUUAGAGUCAGAAAAAGAAGAAGCCAAGGCUUUAUUGACCUUGUUUUUGAAGGAACAAGGUUUCAGCAAGGCAGUUGCAGCAAGAACUAUCAACAAAUCAGCUCUUUUCAUUGAUCACCUUGUUUCAAAGCUUCAUUCUGUUCAUAAAACUCGGUAUCUAUCAGGGCAAGAGCUUACAACUCUUGAGAUCAGGGAUGCUCUAAAUCCAUACCUUGAAACCCUAUUUGAGGAGUUUGGGGAAAUUCUUGCAGAUGUAAUAGAAAAUUUUCCAAAUCCACUUAUUGAAGAAAGAUUGAUAGAAAAUUUACCGCCAGGGGAAGAAGGACCGGUUGUGCCGUUUUCAGCCCCUAUUACUAGCCUCAACUCUAUGAAGUUAAGGGCCUUGGCUACAUCGACUGACGACGGUCCCACUGAGGAGGUUCCUCCACAAAUUAUCUACCUCACAAAACUUGGCAUGGAAGUUGGGGUGAUCGAAGAAGUGACCCGCAAGUUCCCUCCCUUCGCUGACUACACUGUGGAUGAGAACAUUAAGCCUGUGGUUGAAUUCCUACUUGAUCUUGGGGUAACUAAAUCCGAUAUCCCUGCGAUUCUCAGAAAAAGGCCUCAACUCUGUGGACUCAGUCUCUCUGAGAAAUUGAUACCCACUGUGACGUUUCUGGAAAACUUAGGCGUCGACAAGAAACAAUGGUCAAAGGUAAUUUGUCGAUUUCCUGCACUUCUCGUUUAUAGCAGGCAUAAGUUGAAAUCAAAUCUUGAUUGUCUUUAUGAAUUGGGUCUUUCUACCAAAAACCGGGGUAAGGUUCUAAUGCGCUUCCCGCCUAUCCUAAGUGUUGGAGUGGAGAAGUUGAGGGAUACAGCUGAGUACUUCCAUUCUAUUGGCGUUGAUGUAGGAACUCUUCUCUACAAAUGUCCACAAAUAUUUGGUCUAAGUAUUGAGGCCAAUUUGAAACCUGUGACGGAGUUUUUCUUGGAGAGGGGAUUCAGUAUAGAGGAGGUUGCAUUUAUGGUUUCAAGAUUUGGAAAUUUCUAUACCUUAAGCUUGUCGAACAACAUUAUGCCCAAGUGGGAGUUCUUUUUGACAACGGGAUACGCGAAAUCUGAUCUGGUUAAAUACCCUCAGUAUUUUGGGCACAGUUUGGAGGAGAGAAUUAAACCUAGGUACGCAAUUAUGAAGAAAUGUGGAGUAACGUUGACUCUGAAACGGUUACUCUUUCUUUCAGACAGUCAGUUGGAUAAGGUUUUGAAACAAAAAAUGAAGGAAAAUGCAGGAUGAAACGGUUCCUAUUCCAAGCUGUUUCUGUUCAUCACAGGUGAUUAGAAUUACAGAUUUGAUAUAGCCUCCGGUCCAAAAGCCCAGUAAGUUAGUAAUUGUUAGUCGAUACAAUGAUGCAUCGUUUAGAACUAGAAAUUAUCAGACUCGGGUCAUUGUGUUCUCGUUUUAGUAUUAUUCCAGUGGCCAGAGUAGCUAAAUGCACGUUGUAUACAUUUGUAUGUACUUACAGAUUGUUGAAGGAAACAUUCAACAUUCGCCUUGAGCUCUUUCUCAA